AUGCGGGCCUGGUCCCUGACCUCUCCGCCCGGCAACUUUCCCCAUAUCUCCAACCCGCGACAGGACACCUUGCUCUGGAGCACAAAGCAUGUCCUGAUUAUGACGACCAAAACAGGAGACCAGGGGCCUCCCCAAGACUUGGCCUCUCAUGCCGACAUCCAACCCAGCGCCAAAAGCGCUCCGCCCCCCGAAACUCCUGCCGCUGUCCAAACGCGGUUCCGAGUGAUCGCAGCUUUUUGGGCCGUGAUCAUAUUUUUGGGAUUUCCAAUAUGGUGGAAGACAACGUCGAUCUACAGGGCAUCCCUUCCCAUCGAGGAGAUGGUCGAUUGGGCUGAUGGCAAGGCAUGUCGCCCAGUGUUUCCCUUGGACAUUCAUCUUGCGGCCCCUUCAAUGCAGCUUGCCGAGGCUCAGCACCUCCUUCGCACGACACAGCAUACUCUCGACGACCUCAACGAGUUCGCAGCCCAUCAUCUCCGACUCAAGUUGGCCAACGACAGCACGACCAGUUACGGGGAAAGUGACUUGGGUACUGACGUCUCUGGGGAGGUCGCGGACACUGCACUGACUGUUCGGCUUCUGCCUCAGGAGGAUCUGGUCGGCCCGCGGUCAGAGCUUCAUGCUGCCGCCACCCAGCUGGACGUCUUCUAUCCGCCAAACCAAGUCCCGGCCCCUUCCUCUUCGAACUCCCCCAUUUCUAAAUUCAUCGCUGAGGAGCUCCAAGGGCUGUAUGGCGAAGAAAAGGCCACUAUCGCACACAUUUUGUCCGGGCACACGGCUGGGCUUGCCUCAACCUCACCCCAGCUCGCCGAGGACAUCAGCCGAAGAUUGCGCCGAUCCAUGAAAUAUGCCGAGACAUACCAUCUGUCUUUCUCGCUCUUCACUCCGGGCUCUAUGCCUUCGUCGUGGGAUAUUGAGGCUGCGGUAAAGGAAUAUGUCUCUCCUCUCUUAAAGGCAUUAUCGCCCAUCAGCGACUUCACCGUGGACACACAAGUGCAGCUAUAUGCAAACUUUGCUCCUACUGCACCCAAACCUGAGUUUGACGAAGCCGAGGCAGCCUGGACACUCAGGAAGGAAGACCUGAGUGCUUUUGUCAACGCGGCUGAAUGGCCACUAAACCCAAGUAUCGGGAGCGGUCCUACCAUCAACUUCAUCCUCUAUGUCCCAGAGCCUUCUCAAUCACCAUUGAUCGUAAAGGAAAACCGUGCUUCCAGCUGGAUUGUACCGCAAUGGGGCGGUGUGUUCCUCUUGAACCCUACCCUUUCCACCGACAAGACCAGCGAGUCCAAUCCUGCCCAUCUAUCUCGGGAUGCCUUGGGCCCAGCCUUCAUGACCUUCUCUCAUCAGCUUCUCACCCUGCUCGGCACCCCCAGUACCCCUGCAUCCCUCCCUCUUCGUCUGCAGACAUCCAUCCGCAUCCGUGCAGCAACGCUUCUUCUAUCUGCAUCGUCCACCAUGGGCUCCCUUGCACGCCUGACCGAGUCUCUUCCCUCCAUCCCCAUCCCAGCGACUGUGGCAACAUCUGUAUCAACGACGAUCUCUCAUCUAGGCUCUACCUGCUCGAAUCUGCGCGAAGGUCGCUUCGGCGCUGCCCUUGCCAGCGCUCGAGUCGCUGAAACGGAAGCCGAGCGUAGUUUCUUCGAAAAAAGCAUGGUGGGUCAGGUUUACUUCCCUGAUGAACAUAAAGUCGCAGUCUAUCUUCCGCUUCUGGGCCCCAUUGGUGUUCCUCUGGUGGUUGGGUUGCUCAAGGAGGUCAAGAGGAUCAUAGCUGGACGCAAAGCAAAGAGGGCCGCGGCAUCAUGA